AUGCCUCGUUCCCAGACUCGAAGAGAGGAUGCCGCCCAACAGAUCAAGGACCUUGACAACUUGAGUGGGCAGGUAGAUGGCGAACUUACCCAAAGCGAUGGUUGGCAUCAUGGCCUGUGCGGAUGCUGUGCAUCCUGCGAGCUUUGCCUCCUGAGCACCUUCGUGCCAUGUCUUCUGCUUGGACAGACCUCACAUCGAAUCAAGGAGCCUUCAAUGAAGAAUUACAGGCAUAUCAACCGCGAUUGCCUUUUGAUGAUGGGAGUCACAUAUCUUACAGGCUUUGGUUGGAUGUAUGUCAUGAAGAAGCGCUUUGAGAUUCGCAAGCGCUAUGGCAUCAAAGGUACCGAUGCGAGAGACUGCUGCGCAUCCUACUGGUGUCUUUCAUCUGCUUUGGUUCAGCAUGAGAGAGAAGUCCUUACCCGGCAGGCUGGCAGGAGUGAUCCCAUCACUGAGGGUUAUCAGACUCAACCUGCCAUGGAAUUGCCUUCUAGAUAUACGCAGCCGACUACAUAG